AUGGAUUGCUGCAACUACGGGGAGUACCGCGGUCAGGCGCAGUACGGCGCGGGCGCAGGCUGGCAGUACGCACGCUACCCGCCGCCCUACGCGCCCUACCCGCACGGCUACUACCCGCCCGCGCAUGAUUACGCGCGCUAUUACCGCUACGAUUAUCCCACGCACCACUCCCACCAUGCUGAUCAUGUCAUGCCUAUGGAAUACGGUGCAUACGCACUAAAAGAUGCGCGGGCGCGGCGAGCGAUGUCGCGGAGGGAACAGCGAACCCAUCCCGCAUUGCAGCAGUUUCCUAUAUCACAUACGCCCCCUCUGGAAUGUGGGAUAAACAAUCGCAGCCAUGCAUAUUGCGAGCCUCAAAUUUGGCCCCAUUAUCAGAUGGGAGUGGUGACAGGGAGUGGUGGUGUGUGGCCUUCGCGAGUUCCUCCGAAUGUGUGUUCACGGGAAUCGAUGCGAUACGGGCCGGAUUGCCGAUUGAUGAAGAACCCCCAAAAUCACAUUGGGGCACACGACGGCCGAUCUACGCCGUAUCCGGUAUACGAUACAAGCUACGAGAACGGAACAAAGCGAGUGAACAACAAUGAAUAUACGCGUAAUGCACCCAAGGACGUUGUUCAGCCUGUGCGCGAGAAUCCGAUAAAUGAGCAACGCUGUCCUCCCGAGGAGAAACGGCCUCCCGUUGUACCAUUGCCGGCCUUCCAGCAGGCGUUCGGCUCCACUGAAAUUGGGAAAUUUGCGGAGGCUUUCAGCCGCGCAGACACAGCCCACGAGGCAGAAGAGCCCUGCGACAACUUCGUCUAUGAGCCGUUUAGCGAUUGGGACGCCUCCCCGGAACAGUGGACGCCGCCCGUCAAAGAAAUCAAAUGCGAGGAAAACUUUUAA